AUGGGCGCGAAUCUCGAACCCAGGGUUGCAAUUGUCGCCGGCGCCACUUCCGGCAUGGGAGUCGACCUCGUCAAAGACCUCUGCACCAAAGGAUGGAAGGUCGCUUGUUUGGGUCGACGCCAUGAAGCUGGAAAUGCCCUCCUAAAAGAUCUUCCACAAGACAGAGCCAGCUUCUUCGCAGCAGAUGUUUCAAGUUACGAAGAGUAUGCAAAUGGGUUUCGCAAAGUUCACCAACUCUGGGGCCGCAUUGACGCACUAUGUCAUAAUGCCGGUAUUGUCGAUACUUCGUCUAUCUACAUUUAUGAUUCGAAGGGAAGCGGCGUCGACGAAAUUCCACCGUGCCCAGAUAUGUCUGUUGUGGACAUCAAUUACAAGGGUGUUGUGUAUGGUACUCAGCUGGCUGUCCAUUUCAUGCGCCAUAACCCGCAGCCAGGGGGUCGCAUUGUCGUGACAGGCAGUAUUGGCGCUGUUUUCCCCCACGAGUCGUACCCAGUAUACUGUGGCACCAAAGCCGCCGUCAACCACUUCAUACGUGGUGUUGCGCCACUUCUCAAGCAAAAGGAGAAUAUUUUCAUCAACUGCGUCAUGCCAGGAAUUGUGAACACACCCAUUGUGCCACCAGAGAUGAUUGCCGCUGUUACUCCUGAAUGUUUGACUCCCGUGCAAACGAUCCUCAAUGGCUUUGAAACUUUUUUGGAAGAUUCCUCAGGCAUGGCGGGUGAACUAUUAGAGUGCUCGGCCGACAAGCUGAUAUUCUACCACAUGCCCCAACCAGGAAAUGGCCAUAUAACCAAGCGGGCCACCACUGUCUGGGAGCCACUGUUUCGCAUGAUGCAUGGCGAAGACUCCAAGCUGCCGGAUGCGAUUCCAUAA